GACCACUACACCGGGAGAGACUAAACUUCUAGCGUCUGAAGUCUACGAUAUCCUUCAGUCUUCCAAUGUGUCAGACACGGACAACGUGAAUGAGAUGAAUUAUCGUCGACGGAAAGCGCAGUUUUUCCUCGGCAGCACAAAUAAGCGUGCCAAGACAGUGGUUUUGCAUAUAGAUGGUCUUGAUGAUUCGUCUCGAAGAAAUCUUUGUGAAGAAGCCUUGUUGAAAAUUAAAGGUGUUAUUAGUUUUACUUUUCAAAUGGCUGUUCAAAGGUGCGUGGUCCGAAUUCGCUCGGACUUAAAAGCAGAGGCGUUAGCAACAGCAAUAGCAUCGACGAAAGUUAUGAAGGCACAGCAAGUUGUGAAAAGUGAGAGUGGUGAGGAGAUGCUAGUUCCGUUCCAAGAUACUCCAGUAGAAGUAGAGCAGAACACAGAUCUACCUGAAUAUUUACCAGAAGAUGAAAGCCCUACUAAGGAACAGGACAAAGCAGUGUCUCGUGUUGGGUCACACCCAGAAGGUGCAGCAAGCUGGCUCAGCACAGCAGCAAACUUUCUAUCGAGAUCUUUCUACUGGUGACUUGUAUUUGGUGUUGAAAGACUGUGUGAAUGAACCAACAGGGGGGCCAGUUUUCCAUUGGUGUGGUGAACUGCCAAGUGCAAUUUGCAAUAAAUCAUCACAGAAAUUUUAGAUAAGCAAAUGUAUGCUGCAUUUUACAUUUUAUUGGAUGUUUAGCCUGAUAGGGCAGGGGUCAAAGGACAGAGGCCUCCAAUCAAUUUGUUCUUUCAUUUAUUUUUCAUGUAGAUUUUACUGCUUUACUUUUUAAAAAUGGGUCCACUCUUAUAUACCAAAUGUUUAUGCAUAUAGAGCUUUGAGUUUGACUUCAAUGACACACAUGAUAGGGAGAAUCCGUUUAAACUCUCAGGGCCUCUGUGAAAGAAAAUUCUUAAUAGCUCUAGCUGUGCAUUAAAUGAAAUGCCCUUUUUUAUUUCUGCAUCCUCUUGGACUAACACUGUUUUGUUUAAUUUUCUAGAUUUUUACUCCAGAGAAAAAUAUAGUCUGCCUCUUUUUUUGCCUUUAUUUUUGCCAACCAUGUUCACAGCGUGAGCGCGACGUUCCCCUUUUGCUAUUAAACUAGAAUCACUACAGACUUGAAAUUUAUAACCCUUUUAUAUAUAUGGAUUUUUUCCAGCCUGCCCUUAACCGUUGGAGUGCUUGAGAUUAAGAAAUAAGGAAUCGAGUAAACACAAGUAUGUAUACAUACAUUGUACAGUAAAUAAACUAGAACAUAUUUGUAAUGAUGGGUGUGACUGACUGAUAUAUAUAUACAUAUAACUAAUAAAUACCACUGCUAUUUAGGCUAGCUGGGAAGACUGUAGCCAAAAAAAAAGCUGUGGUCUAAUGUAGUGAUGACCCCUUGCAGCUCUGUCAGCAGAGAGUAGAGGGAUGUAGACUGUAUUUAGUUAAGAAAUGGUGUUCACUGUUAGCAAAUAUUUAAUGGUAACUGAAACUUUAAACUUGAAGAAUGAAUGCCUCCUUUUGCCACAGUGCCACACUUACAAAUUUUGACUUUACCCCUUGUUAUUUUUUUACCUAACAAAUCUGAUACGUAAUUACUGUUCCCUCCCAGUGUCUUUCAUGAGACUCCCCUGAAAGUACAUCAGCUUAGAUAGGCUUAAAAAAAUAUGCAAUUGGCUUUACUUUGUUACUUACAGACAGCAUAGAUUUAAAGAUGUCUUGGUAAAUUCUGUGGCCAGAAGUGAUAGUAAAGGCGAAACUUGAUAGAGAAUAGUAUGUAUCUGAGCUGUUAGUAAACACUGUGUGCCUGAGAGGAUUCCAUACACAGUGCUUGAAGACUGCAGUGCCACUGCUUUAUUGCACUGGAGAAGUACAGCUGAGAACUUUAAAUACUGUUAUAAACCUCAUUAUACAAUGCUUUUUUGUGGUAAUGUAUUUGCGGUAAUAUUAAUUAUGUUUACCACUUGGAGACUCAGAAAAAAAAAAUCUAAUGCAUCAAAGUUAUUCCCCUCUGCCUAUGCACAAGGAAUAAAAAAAAUAAAUCACACUGUCAUAAUACUGCAGACAUGCUGAGGAAAUAGUAAUGUAAAAUAAUAAUACAGGUCAGAGUUCACCCACUCAAGUUAAUUGUCGUUCUAGGAUAAAAAAGAAACAAAAGCUUGUUGGCAAGAUGUCUCAUGUUUUUUAAUAUAUCUAGUUUAUUUUUGAUUCAGGUUUACACGCACAGAUUGAAAAUACAGGCUUUUCAGGGCAUGUAUUGCUUUAAAUAUGUAAUACUACUCAUAUUGCUGUCUAGAAUGUUACAGUACCAAAUGUGUUUGAAAAGUCCUCUGGUUCUAUAGCCAUGAAUGCAGAGUUUUAUUUUUCUGCAUUAACAUCUGUUUGCAUUUGCAUUACUGCACAUCUAUUUACUAAAAGACUACACCCUUUGGAUAUUAAUGGUUCAAUACCAGUAGGUAUUACAGUUUGUUUGUGCAUUCAGUCUGUAGGUGUGCUUUUAUGACAGUAUUGCAGCUCUUGUAGAACAGUUUAAGGCAUCUGUAAAAGUUUUUGAAAUAUAUUGUAAAAUAAUAAAGGAUAAUAUAACUAAAAAAAA